AUGGCUGUGGUGGGCCAGACAAUGGUACGCACCUCGCCUUUCAAUCUCCCUGAUGGUUGGGUUGUGGAGGAGGUACUCCGUCGGUGUGGUGGCUCUGCUGACAAGUACUACUAUGAGCCGGGGACUGGACGGAAGUUUCGAUCCCUGAUAGCUGUUGAAAGACACCUAGCAGAACAGACAGAAAAUGCACCACUAUCCAUGGGACUAGCAGAACAUACAGAAAAUGCACCACAACCCAUGGCACUUGCAGAAUUUAAUGAAAAUGUUCCCCUGUCCAUGGCAUUCAAAUUGGGAAAUCAUAUAAAGAAUCCUAGUUCAUCGAAGAAAAACAUUUCUAGAGACAAGGUUCAAUCGUCAACAUUUACCAGCCCCCCAGUGAAAAUCAAUUGGGUUCUUGCUAGUCCUGGAGGGGAUUCAUGGAACCCUUUCAUCGGUGAAACACUGGUUCCAGAAUCUGUAAAGCAGCAAUGGGCCCAAAGAUUUAUGUUAUACAUCAACAACUGUAACCACGACGCACCAAAUUCUGGAUGA